CACUUAAUUGCACGAUUCCACGUAAUUGCACGAUUCCACGUAAUUGCACGAUUCCACGUAAUAUCUACCAAGUCCAGAACUACCUGCCUUAGGUGCACACAUGUUGCUAAACGGCGCACUCCUGGCUCUGCUGGCUCUUGCCACGACAGCCUCGGCCCAUACCACCAUGAGCCGCGUUUUUGUCAACGGCGUAGACCAAGGAGAGGGCAAGAACAAGUACAUCCGAUCCCCAGUUAAUGAUGGGCAGGUCCAGCUGCAGCUGGACAAGAAGAACAACACCGCGCCCUUCAUAGCCUGCAACAGCAAGGGCGAUAUCGCCGUGCCCCAGUUUGUCAAGGCGUCGCCGGGCGACAAGCUGACCUUCCAGUGGUUCCGCGAGGACCCAAAGGAGCCAGUAAUCGACCCAUCGCACAAGGGGCCCAUCCUCACCUACAUUGCGCCCUUCUUCGCCACCGGCUUUGGCGACGGGCCCAUCUGGUCCAAGAUUGCCGAGGAGGGCUUCGUGAGCCCCGCGUGGGCGACCGAGAGGAUGCGGAACUUUACCGGCGGCAUGGUCGACUUCAACCUGCCCAAGACGCUGGCCCCGGGCAAGUACAUGGUGCGCCAGGAGCUGAUCCCGCUGCACCUUGCCGAUAGACGUGGCGACAUAGAAAAAACACGCGGCCCCGAGUUCUACCCCAGCUGCGUUCAGUUCGACGUUGCCGGCGGCUCUGGCACCGCAGUUCCGAACCAGAACUUCGACUUCAACAAGGGCUACAAGUUCACCGACCCCGGUUUCGACUUCAACAUUCAUAUUCCCUUCACCACGUAUCCUAUCCCGGGCCCCCCUAUUUGGGAUGCGAAGUAAGCACGGGUUGGGACAGGGAGGCUUGAGAAGGGUUAGAAUUGCCGAGUCUUGCGUGUCGAACCCUAGGGGCAAUUAGGGUAGCACAUGCAUCUGUAAUUAAUACGUAUUAACUUGGACGAAUGGAAUGGAAUCAUGGUAGGAUUUGACAACGUGGCUAGUGGUCUGAAAUUUAUUGCAAGCCUGUAGGAAUUGAUCAGUGAACCGAGUCUGGAGCAACAUGUUAGUGUCG